AUGAUGCUCCACCGACAUUUGUUCCUGUUGGGAUUCCUCUCGCUCUUGCUGGUAUCGCAAUCGCCUAGUGCUGUCGAUGGAGCGUUGGUUCCAAUUGUAGUAGUGGCUCCAGCCAUUUUGGUCGCUGCCACGUCGGCCUAUUGCUUUUUGGUGGAUGUCUAUGCCUCCCGCGUGUUGAAGGCCAUGGCCAAAAUUGACUUUUCCAAGAACCUGCUAGCCGAGGAUACGCUCGCCACAAGUCGGCAACAUGCGGACACGUUAACAGGAGCAUUGGCUGCCGGUGUGGUUCCGACCGUCGACGAGUUGCGGAGAACCAUUUCCAAAGCGUCUCAUUUGGUGGAACGACCGCGUCAUCGACGACAAUGGAAUGCCUGGGCGAUUCAUGUCCUGCUUUCGGGGUAUGUGGAUUAUGAUCCGGCCAAUACGAUACAAGAUCGUCUGGUCAACCACACGUUCCAAUUUGCCUAUCGGAGUUAUGUCAAUACCGAAGAAAAGGGAGCCCUUUCUCGAGCGUUAAAGUCCCCGUGGUACUACUUGACCCGGCCCUUCAAAGCUCGAGGACGAGGCAAAAUUGUCUUUUACGACGACGGCAGUGUCACCAAUACCGAGUACUUUUGGGGCAAACGAUUCGAAGCCAUUCAAGUGACAUGGUACGGAGAACUGUUGAUCGAUGACAAUCCCCUCUUUCCAGCCACUGUGAAAUGGACGAGAACCGAGUUUGUCACGGGACGAAAAACAGAAAACCAAACGGUCAUUUCCAAUCCACCGGCGGCCGAAAAACUACGUCAAGAACCAUGGGAUGUUGUGCAAGAAGAGGAUGGCAUGAUCUUGUUCCGGCGAGGGACUCUUGGAGUCCUGGCAUAUGACCGUAUGCAAUAG